ACGUGAAGGUUGAUUCGAUUCUCAAUUCACUAAUAUUGGCAAUAACAAAUGCCAUCUUCAAGCGAGUCCAGCGCUGCAUCUGAUCAUGAUGCAACUACUGACGACGAAGUACAGAGUGCUGUUCGGGAGGACCUUAAGACUAUGUCCUUUGAAGAGAUAUUGCAGCUCAAAGAACAAUUAGGGGCAAAAGUCUACAAAGAGGCGGUUCUUGGUAAUAAAAGUGUGAAGCGUAAGCAGCCGAAACCAAAAGCAGAACUUAAAAGACUGAACAAAAAUCGGCCCCGGGAAGUAAGUGCCAAGCGUCAAGUGCCCUUUUUAGGCGCUGAGCUGCGUGCGGAACGGAAGAAAGAAACUGAGAUCCGGGAUCCACGUUUUGAUGAGAGGUCGGGUACAUAUGAUACCGAUACUUUUAAGCAAAACUACAAAUUCGUAACUACAAUUCGCGACAAGGAAGUGGAACAGUUGAAAAAACGCCUAGACGCAGUAAAAGAUGACGAAGAAAAGCUAAAAAUCAAGCACACCAUUCAAAGACUCAUUAACAAGAAUGUGGAGGACAAACGCUGGCACAUCAAACAAAAUAUAUUAAAAGAGGAACGUAAAGAGAUUCAAAAGGCACACGACGAGGGACGUCAGCCACAUUAUGUGACAAAACAGGAAAGACGCGCCAAGGAGUUGGUCGCUCAGUUUGAGCAGUUGAAAGAUACUGGAAAACUAAACAAACAUCUGGAGAAACGACGCAAAAAGAAUGCUGCAAAGGAUCGAAAGCGUAUAAGCAUUGAAUAGAUAUAGUUAUUGUAGUUAUUAAUGUAUAUAUAUUAACAAAUCAUACAAUAUAUUUAGCCCGUUCUCAACA